AUGUCGUACAUCGCUAGACUGCUUGGGCUUGCCUCGGAGAGGCCGCUUCCAGAGCGAGUCCCUACCGAUGAGGUGCUCCCAAUGCACUUGUUUGACGACGUGUUUUACCUACGUAGCCAUACCUUGAUGUGGACUCUGCGGUUCGACGACGUACUUGACGCAGACAUGCUCGGGAAUUCCCUGUCAGAGCUUUUCCAGUGCGAAGGUUGGAGAAAGCUAGGAGGAAGGCUCCGCCUGAAGCCCGACGGCAAAAUCGAGGUGCAUAUCCCCCGGCCGUUCACCCCAGAGCGACCGCCACUUUACUUCACCAAAGAGCACUUCAAUGUGCGCAUGUCUGAGCAUCCAGAGGCGUCAAAGCUGCCCGUUGCUGGCUCAGGUCCUGCUCUGUUCCCUAGCCCUCGAUCUUACACCUCCCUUGGCGUAGGACCUGGAGCCCCAAGAAAGCUGGAUGAUUAUUUGUACUCCGACCUUCCCCAAUUUGCCCUACAUGUUGUGACCUUCGAGGACGGGACGCUCGUCUCCAUCAAUUUCAAUCACAUCGUAUCCGACUUAAGCGGGUUGAAAGCUGUUCUUGACGCUUGGCAAUGCCACCUGGCUGGGAAGCCUGAGGAGAAGGCCGAUUUCAUGAGUGUGGAGGACGGCAUGGCUCCGUUGUACAAAUCAGCAACUCAAGGAAAACAUGCGCUUGACCAUAUGAGGCUCACGGGCUGGAAGAUGUUGAGUUGGACCCUUUGGCUCAUGUGGGAUUCCUGGUGGACAACGUAUGAUUCCCAGAUGAUGUGCGUUCCCAAGAUGAUUAUGGACGCGUUGGUUGAGAAUGCGAGAAACGAGGCAAGAGGAAAGCUGGCAGACGAGAAUGGCGUGUCGUUUAUAUCAGAGGGCGAUAUUCUUCUGGCACUGAGUGUGCGUCUGGCAGCACAUACUCUCCCUGCGGGUUCAACGCGGCCCAUCAAUCUCAUUGUCGCGGUGGACCCCCGAGGCCGAGCGAAAUCGAUAUUCAAAGACAACGAAGCAUACGUGCAGAACGCUCCAUCCGGUGUUGUUGUCAGUUGUCCGGUAGCAGAGGCCUUGGAGAUGAAGAUCGGAGAACUGGCGGUGAAAAUGCGUGCAGCUAUCGGGACCCAAACCACCGAAGAACAACUGAAAGUCACAGCAAGCGAAAUAGCGACAUCAAUGAAAGAAACCGGACGUCUCCCCAUGUUUGGAGACUAUAACGGCCUGCUCGCAACGUCAUCAAAUUGGGGCUCGGCCAAGCUGGUCCAAACGGUUGACUUCAGCCGAGCCGUUGUGAAGGCUGGAACUGCGUCGGCGCAAUACGACAUCACUUGGAAGCCGGGCCGUCCUGUCUAUUACCACUCGCGUAACAUCGAGACAUCGAAAGGAUUCUUUUCAACCUGCCUUCUCAUUAUCAAUGGAAGGGAUCAUGCAGGGAAUAUGUGGGUGACGGGAGAGUAUCCUGCUGCGACAUGGUCAAAACUGGCAGAUAUUUUGAAUUCGCAGCUGUAG